GCAUACCCACCUCCCUGCCGCCGUCCGGCUCGUCCCUGAGCGGCCCGUCGUCGGGGAUGCCCAGCAACCCGCUGUCGGGCGCGGGCGUCGCUCUGUCCACCGUGAAGAAGCAAGCGGCGAAGAAGCUGGAGGAGAUCGCGCCCUCCAGCCCGGAGGUGGCUCAGCUGAGGAGACAGUGCGUGGAGCACCACGGCAAGAGGAUGGAGAGCCUGAAGGAGGUGUUCAAGGAGUACCUGAUCGAGCUCUUCUUCCUGCAGCACCUGCAGGGCAACAUGAUGGACUACGUGGCCUUCAAGAAGAAACCCUGCGUGCCGCUCUACACCUACCUCCGGCAGAACGACCUGGACCUGGAGGAGGAGGAGGAGGAGGAAGAGCAGUCGGAGGUCAUCAACGACGAGGUAAAGGUUGUCACGGGGAAAGAUGGCCAAGCGGUAACACCAGUUGCCAUAGCGACACAGCUCCCCCCUAACGUCUCCGCAGCAUUUUCUACCCCGCAGCAGUUUCAGGGACACCAAGGGGGCGCUGUCGGCACCAUGGGCAACUCGGCCGACAUGGACGCCUUCAAGAGGCAACAGGCGAUGGCGCAAGCAGGUAGGCCAGAUGAUUCUAGAACUCCUGCUAGGCUCCUCCUCUGUUGCUUUGUUUCCUCCCCCUUCCUCCC